UGCCCGCUGCUCCAGCCGUCUACCUUGCCUGGGCUGCCCAUGGGUCUCCAUGGCGACGGCGGGCGGGUUGGCCGCGGCGCCGCUGUCGCCGUGUUCGCCGUUGUGUCUGUCGUGUUCGUCCUCACGCUGCCUCCCUCGUUGCCGGGAGGAGACUCGGGGGAGCUGAUCACAGCCGCAUAUGAGCUUGGAGUUGCUCAUCCUCCUGGUUACCCUUUGUUCACUCUGUUGGCCAAACUGGCAAUUGGUCUAUUUCCUUUUGGUUCCAUUGCCUACCGAGUAAAUCUUCUCUGUGCCUUAUUUGGAGCAGCUGCAGCAUCGUUACUUUUUUUCACAGUUUUCAGGCUUUCUGGCUCAUAUGCUGGAGGAAUCCUUGCUGCGGGGGUGUUUUCAUUUUCUCGCCUAACAUGGCAGUGGUCCAUUGCAGCAGAGGUUUUUAGCCUAAACAAUUUGUUUGUGGGGCUGCUUAUGGCUCUUGCUGCACAUUUUGAGAAGGCAACAACUGCAGAAGACAGAUCAAAGAUAUCUAAGAUUGGUGCCUUCUGCUCUGGCCUUAGCUUAUGCAAUCAGCAUACGAUCAUACUUUAUGUGUUGUGCAUUGCAUUGUGGGUUCUCGUCCGACUUUUUAAAGAAAUGGAGCUUUCCCUAGGCCAUUUGCUAAAGCUGAGUCUAUUCUUCUCUGCUGGUUUUCUGCCUUAUCUCUACCUGCCUAUCUCAUCCUACCUCAAUCAAGCUCGUUGGACCUGGGGAGACCAGACAACAUUUUCAGGAUUUCUGACUCAUUUUCUUAGGGAAGAAUAUGGAACAUUAAACCUGGCCAAAUCUGAGACCGGAUCCAGUAUGUCUGAAAUAUUAUUUUUCCAGAUGGAAAAUAUGAAGGUUGAAUUAUCGAUUAAUAUUCAAGUCCUUGCAGUUGUAGCUUGUUUAUGUUUAGCAAGACAGAACAAACAAAAUCCACCAUUGGUUUGGCUUUUUGUUGGAAUGCUUUGUGUUUAUUCGUUGUUCUUUGCUUGGAGAGCAAAUUUAGAUAUUUCAAAACCUCUUUUCAUGGGUGUGGUAGAACGCUUCUGGAUGCAGAGCAAUGCAGUGGUGACCGUUCUGGCUGGCCUUGGCUUGGCCUCAUUUUCCUCCCUGAGUAGGAGGAUGCUGAGCAGCAGCUCUAUAUUUCAGUUUCUGGAAUGGCUUUCAGCAGCCAUAUUUGUACUCUACCAAAUUUAUUCUAAUUACAGCAUUUGUGACCAAAGCACUAACUAUGUCAUUGAUAAAUUUGCAAAGAACCUUCUAUUCUCUAUGCCUCAUGAUGCAAUCAUCUUACUCAGAGGAGAUUUGCCAGGGAAUUCUCUUCGUUAUUUGCAUUACUGUGAGGGUCUGAGGCCUGAUGUUUCCUUGGUGGAUCAGGAAAUGUUGACUUAUGAGUGGUAUUUACCUAAGAUGGCUAAGCAUUUACCAGGUAUCUACUUUCCUGGGAACCGGUGGAAUCCUGUGGAAGGAAUAUUACCUAGUGGAAUGGUCAUGUUUAAUCUUUAUCAUUUCCUCAAAGUAAAUAAACACAAAGAAACAUUUGUUUGCAUAGGACUUCAUGAAGGUGACCCAACUUGGAAAGAGAACUAUUCACUUUGGCCAUGGGGUUCUUGUGACAAAUUGGUUUCUUCAGAGAUUAUAUUCAACCCUGAGGAAUGGAUUAAUCUUACUAGAAAUAUAUAUAACUGGACUGAAGAAUAUGGGAGGUUUGACCCAUCUUCUUGGGAAGCUGUAGCUAAUGAAGAGAUGUGGCAAGCAAGGAUGAAAACAGCAUUCUUUAUCUUUAACCUUGCAGAAACUGCUAAUGUGCCUACAAAUAUGAAAGGAAAACUUUAUGCUUUUGCAUAUAAUCUAUAUAAGGAAAUUGUACAUCGACAAAAGGAACAUCCAGCAAAUUGGCACAAGAACUAUGCCAUAGCCUGUGAAAGAAUGCUUCGUUUUCAUGAAAUCGAUGUGAAUCCUGAAGUCCUGUUGUCUGAAACUAUCAAACAUUUCCACCUCUAUGUGGAGAAAGUGCAGGAUGAUCCACAGCGGGCUAACAUUUUAGGGGCUCUUAAGCACCUCAGAAAGGAACUGCAGGGACUAAGAAAGACCAAAAGAGUCUGAGGCAGCAACAUUUGGAAAAACGUGCCUGUCAUCUAGCUUCAUGAUCCUAAGUCCUGAGAAUUGUCCAACUUUUCAUUCCAUUCUUAAACAGAAGUUUUUAAAGGAACAGAAAUGUCAGUGAUAGCUUCUAGAAAUAAUGAAAGCAGUUAAUGUGGUAACCUGCCUCAAGACAGAAAUGUUCCCAGUGUCUCUUAGUGAUGAGGGUGGAACCACAUGGAAAAUUGUUUUGUAUUAUCAAAAUGAGGAUUUCGGAGGAAAUUGCUGAAAAUUUUUGUUAAAAUAGUCAUACAGAAAAUUAUUCUUUUAUAGGAAUCUAAGAUAGAAUUAACUUCUCCCUAUUUUCAUAUCCUUAAACUUACUAAUUUAGAACUCAGGAACCUUGUUUCCUUUUGCCAACGUGACAAGGUUUCAUAUUUUUAAAAAAAUCCUAAGACUUUUCUAUUUCUUGCCAGUGAAUUUUGAACAGAAAUGAGAGACAGCAUGCAACAUUUUUUUCCCUUCCCCCACCCCAAAUCAUCUGGCUGUUUGCACAAAACUUCUGCAGCUCUGGGCUAAAUCCCAGUCUGAUGAUAUACUAAUAAAAGUACAGUUGUUAUUGUCUCAUCUUAGGUGGUGCUUUUAGAUUAUCAAACAAGUAAAGCUGAUUUGGUGUUCACUUGUAUCAUGAAUUGUAGCAUGAAUUGCUGGGCAAGUAAACAUUUUCCCAUUUUAUUAAUUAUUUUAAUAUUUGUGUUUUCUCUCUAUUUGUACUUUCAGACAUACCAAAUCUUCCUAAUAAUUAGUAGGCCUAUGCUGCCAAAAAUGCAAAAAAGAAAUUAUAUAAAUUCUGUUACAAGCAGCUUCUAUAGAUAUUGAUAAAGAGAACAUACUAAGAAAUGCAAAUAAUGGUUCUUUAUUUUAUUAUGACAGUUAAUUAAUAGCAACCUGUUUUAAUGAAUAAAGUCACUUAGAGUCCUUCAGCACUUCCUAAGUAGAGGCCAGAAUCGGUAGGGAUUCUUUCCCCCCCAAUUGUAUAGCUCUUAGACUCCAAGCACUAUAUAGGCCCCUGUAUAGAAAUGCUCACUAAUGAAGAGGGAGGGCUAGAAGCUUGUCUGCAUUCAAAGAUCACUGGUGAGUCAUUCAGCAAGAAAAGGCCCCUUACUAGGAAUAGUCACAGUUCCGUGGCAUUGUACUAGCAAAAGGGUCUGAUCAAAGGUCUCCUGUGGAGCUUGCAUGGUUCCCUUUCAUACUACGACCAUAAUUAAAACCACUAAUUCUCUUUUAAAAUGCUGCAGGAUGCCAUGUAGGCAUCUGUCUGGAGUGUCCUUUGUGAUGUCAUAAGCUGUUAAGGACCAGUGCCGAGGGCUUUUGAGUGAAAUGCCAGUCAUGAAGGUGCUUCAAGACAAGGGUGCCUCUAAAGGCUUGACAGGGCCUUGACUGCACAAUUCGAGCUGAAUUUGCCCCCUUGUCAGCUGCCAGUAAAUAAAUCUCAAAGGGGGAAAAGCUGAAGUUUCAUUACCUGAUCCAUGGGGCUUUGUUGGUUUUGGCAUCACACAGGGGAAGCUCUUGCCCCUCCAUUCUGUGGAUUUGAAGAUGUCCAUUGGAGCCUGCAGAGCCUGGAUAGGGUUCAGAGCAGAACCUUUUGAAGAGUGUCAAUAGUUGUAACAGUUCAGCUGUUAGGAAGACAAAUAAAUGGAGGAGCUCAUUAAUCCGCUUUUGGCUCUCAGUGCCUUUUGCCCUUUUAUCACAGCCCUAUUAGGCUCCUACUCAUCUUGAACCAGAAAAAAAUGAAUUGAAGUUGUUGAGUACUAAUUGGCAAAGACUUUUAAUCAUGGGCCAAGAACUUUCACUGACUUGAAAGUAACUUCUCCACAGGGAGGAACCCAAAAUCUGGUUUACCCUAAAACAAAAACCAGUUGGAGUUCAGUGUAGUAUAAAAAUUUAAGGAAGCAUUGAUAAAUUGUCUAAGUUUAUCCACUUGAAAGAAAUUAUGUACGAUUAUAAUUUACACUUUUUUAAAGCAGAAAUACAGUUUUAAAACUUAUUUUCCAGGAACUCAUUAUCAUUAUUGACUUGAAUAUGAAGAAGAUGUGCAUAUUUGAUGCAUGUAUAUAAAGUAAUGUUUCAUGUUUACACUGUAAGGAAUGGUAAAUGAAGGCCAUAUUUUGUGGCUUGUCUUCCUAAUUGUGUUUUUGUGUAUUUCCAUAUGCUGUUGAUGUUUCGUCUUAGUAUUGUCUAUCUUCAACAUCUGAUGAGUGGAUAUAUAGCAAAGGGAAAGAAAGGAUUUCUGUAAAAUUAAAUGAUAAAAGUAAAUAUGAUUUACUAUUUACUAUGAUUUAACACCUUUGGCAUAUAAAAUUAAAAGGUGAUUGGGUAGAAGGGUAUGGGGUUUAGGAAUGUUAGGCUUCAUUUCCAGUUCUAGUACUUGGAAGAGUUCCAUACUGUCUUGUAAAGUUGGGCAAAUUGCUUUUGUUUUCUCUGAUUCCUCUUUUCUCUCCUACUAUAUCUUUAACACUAUGAACUCUGACAAAGGAGACUCCUAUUAUGUACUACCUCAUGCAUUGCAGGAAAGUGAGGGGAGGUGACUUCCUCUUGUGAAAUGUUGGCUAGCACUUUCUGAGCAGCAUCCUGGGAACAGAAUGGGUUGGCAAGGCUAUAGAAACCCCACAAUGCCAACUUCUGCCUGCACUUUGGCCUCAGGAGCAAGGGAAAACCAGACAUACUGCCAGUAUGCUCCACUGUCCUGCUGCCCUCAUAGAGAGGCUGUCAUGAUAGGACUGUGUGGCAGACAGAGGAAGGGGCCGCAGCUUCCCAUAUUAUCUCCCAAAUCACUGGGGCAACAGUCCAACCUGCUGUCUGCUGACUACUAUGCCCCUCCAUUACUACCCUGCUGCAUGAAACUUAGCUCCAAGUAUCAGCUGCCGUUAAAUCUUGGUGGUUAUUGACAGUGCCUUGUGAAUUCUUUCAAUAUUGCCUGCUUUGCCCCCCCCCUUUUUUUAAAGGAUCUAUUUAAGCCAGGGAGCCCUUUUGCCCUUUUCGGGAAACAUGUUAUAUUGAUAUUUUUAAUUGAAAAAUAGAAUUUGUUGACGCUCAUAUUCAGUUAUUUCUAGUAAGGCAGAUACUAUAAUUAAUAGUGAAUCUAGCAUGAACUACUUUCUGUGAGACUUUUUUUUUUAAUAAUGAAAUAGACAAAAACCAAUAGGAGUUUUUAGCCAUAGUUGCCACCAGUGAUGCUUAAACAGAGUGUGCUACUAACAGGCCCACAAAGAAUGGGGGAUUUGUAUUUGAACAUAUAGUAUAAGGCUCCUGUGGAAUCAUAUCCACUUAGUCUGUUUUAUUAUUAUUGUUUAUUUUAUUAUGCAUGUAUGUAUGGAAAUAGAUUGCUUUUGUUCAGGUCACCUAUACUCCAGCUUUUCCAGACUGAUUCCAAGGCAUCUGGCUUUUUAUAGAAGUUACUUGAAUUUCACAGGACAGAUAGUUUUUCAUUGAUCAUCUUCAUUCUUGUUAUAGAGUCCAAAAGGUGCUAACAUUUCCAAAGAAUUUUGGGAACAUUUAUGAAAAGACAAGAUUUUGGCAUAGCGUCAUAGAGCAAACAUGGAACUAAGGCUUCUGCCAUGAUUCUGACAUUAAAUGAAGAUAUCAUUGUUGUCAGUACCAUCUACAGGUCUGUUGGAAUAUGGAUCAGCGUGGGAAAUCUGAAUCAAGCACAGGAGAACAGCAGUUUUCUUUCCUAGAUAAGGGACAGACAAAGAGAACCAAAUUUCCUAGAUAACCCAGGAAGAAAAUACCUCAAGGCCUGUGGGAUUUCUUUGGAACUGCAUCCUUCUGACUGCUUUUCAGUUUAUUAGUCUGCAUUUAGUUAAUCAUGAUGAAAAAUACUAAUUUAUCUUGAAUUGAAGUAACAAUGUCAUAGAUUUGCCAGAUGGAGAGAUGAGUCUACAUAGUCCACCAGUAAUUGCUAGCUUAGAGCUCUUUGUAAAUGGAAGUUCCCUGGGUCUUUUCUGCAUCAUUUACUAAGAUUUAUUUUCAUUAAUAUUAUGAUAUUUUCAGAGUUGAAGUAGGGAGGUUGAAGAAAGUUCAGAUAGCAUGGAGGGCACAGUUGGACCUCAUUCCUAUCCCCAUGAUCUAUCAUCACAAAACACAUAAAUAUUCCUUAAAUGUAUCUGUUAACAUGGAGAAUGCACUAUUACAUUGUUCUAAAAACAGCUCUGUUUUGUUUAAUGGUGUUUUUCAUAUAGACAUAUAGAAAAAUUCAUAAUAUCAUUUAGUAACUAUUGUUUGGAUUUUGUUUUUAAUAAAAAUUUCAA